AAAAAAAAAAAAAAAAUGUCCAUCUACACGUUCAUGGAAAAUCUGUUCAAGGAGCCUUAUACGCUACCGACCAUUGUGAUUACUGUUGCUAUUGCAGUCUUUAUCACCCACUUGCAGGAAACAAAAAAAUUGAAUGAGGAGAAAGAGGAGGAACAGAGAAAGAAAAUCGAGUCAUCUGAGAACGUAGUAAAAAAGAAUGAAGGCGGAUCAACUAGCUCGGAAUCAACAUCUACCGCUUCCUCUUCUAAGCCAAAGGCAUUUGCUCUCCCUGAAACCCCACUGCCGCCACCAAACUGGUCUCGCAUCUUUACUCACGAGGAAUUGGCGCAGCAUGAUGGCAGUAAGGAUGAUUUACCCAUUUAUGUAGCCAUCAAGGGCACAGUGUUUGAUGUCACGACCAAGAAAGCCAUGUAUGGCCCCUCCGGCGGAUACCAUUGUUUUGCAGGAAAAGAUGCCUCCAAGGCACUUGGAAUGAGCUCCUUGAAGGCCGAAGACUGUAUCGCGGACUAUAGUACAUUGAGUGAAAAGGAGCGUAAGACGUUGGAUGAUUGGUAUUCAUUCUUCGAGAAGCGCUAUCCUAUUGUUGGCAAGACAGGGGAUGCAUGAAUAAGAGAGACUUGAGGACAUUUUUUGAUAUAGUCGUGGGACAUCAGGGACUAGAGACGAAAAGACAUAUCAAUGAUAUAAAUAAUAAUGAAAAGAUUCCAAGUAUUUACAAGAGACACAUCCAUCCAUGCAACUUACAUUCAGAGACGCGAACUAAUCACGAUCCCUGAAGGUCCCUUGUUCUUGAAAGAAAAUAUCCCUGUAUGGAAAAGAAAUGUGCAUCGCAUGUCAUUAAACCAAAAUCAGAAAAAAUGAAUGUCAC